CACAACUAUAUUGGCACAAAUGCGUAAUGUGCGCCAAAGUUUUCGUUGCGCACAUGUAGGCUAUAAAGGCUAAAGAAUUCGGCACACAUGCAUCCUAACCGCGGUAUAUUGUUCUAUUCAGGGAACACCAGUUGAAGUAUUGGAUGAAGAUGUAUGCUCUCUCGGCUCAUCCUCCCCAUCGCUGCGAGAGAUUGUAUAUCCGCCUCGGUCGGGUAGAACUGUUUGUGCAAGUUGCAGUGAGGAAAUUGUGGAUAAAUACUUGCUGAAGGUUAACGAUUUGUGCUGGCAUGUGCGUUGUCUCUCCUGUAGCAUGUGUCAAAUAUCGCUUUGCAGUCAUACAAGUUGUUACAUCAAAGACAAAGAGGUCUUCUGCAAAUUGGACUACUUUAGAAGGUAUGGAACAUGGUGCGCGUGCUGCGGCCGAAAUAUAUACUCUACCGACUGGGUCCGCCGGGCGAAGGGCAACGUAUACCACCUGGCGUGUUUCGCCUGUUUCUCCUGUAAGAGGCAGUUGUCCACGGGGGAAGAGUUUGCCCUGGUGGAGGAGAAGGUGCUGUGUCGUGUACAUUACGACUGUAUGCUGGACAACCUGAAAUGUGCCCUGGAGAAAGAAAGUGGUAUGAACCUAGAGGGGACGAUGCCAACAGAACAGCAAGUGAAUCAGCCCAGGCCGUCGAAGAGAGCGCGCACCAGCUUCACCGCUGACCAAUUACAGAUAAUGCAGGCACAGUUUUCCCAGGACAACAACCCGAAUGCCCAGACCCUGCAGACGCUGGCAGAGCAGACAGGCCUGAGUAGGAGAGUCAUACAGGUUUGGUUCCAGAACUGCAGAGCACGCCAUAAGAAGCAUGUGAGCCCCAACCACUCCUCAGCCACGCCGUUGUCCUCCCUGCAGCCCGGCUGCCACUCCCAGCCCACCCCAGCCCCAGAAGAGCGGCAGUACACAGCCUACAGCACCCCAGAGGGAUCCAUGCUCACUGCUCUGCACUCCUACAUAGAUGUGCACUCUCCUCAGUCUAAGCUAUUCCAGCCCCUGCUGUCCCUCCACACCAUGACCUCCCAGCCUGUGACACACGCCUGA